AUGCUAAGCGCGGGCGCAGCGCUAGCCCAGACUGGACACCUAAAGAACUCCUCCUCGGGUCUCCAAAUUUUCCUGGAUUUUGACGGCACCAUCGUCACCUCGGACGCCUACACGUCCCUCGCUUAUGCGGCGUACGCCAGCCUACCUGCCAACGCUUCUACCUCCGUGCCAUCCUGGGACAACAUUGAGACUACGUACGGCACGGUGUACGAUGCUGUGUCUGUUACUGUUGACGAGCCCACGUCUUUGGAGGAGGCGAUUAAAUACGCAAACAAUGCGGCCCUGCGCGCCGUAGAGCAAUGGUCCUUUCUUUGGGUCCAGAACCUCGGGGUAUUCGACGCGACCAAACAGGAUGAGCUGGUCAAACUCGCCAAGAACCAAACACUUCGCGCUGGGUGGUGCAAUUUUGCUACAGCAGCGCAGGAGAGCGGCGUAAAGCUAAAUGUCGUCAGUCUCAACUGGUCACCGUCGUGGAUCCGACUGGUCUUAGAAGAGGCGAGCGAGUGUCCUCAAGUCGUAAAAGACAUCGAGACGUACUGUCCUGAGAUACUUCCGGCGAACACCCUCGCGACUUCGCAGCUCAAUCAUGACACACAGCUAUUCUCUGGUGGUGAUAAGACGAAGCUGAUAGAGAGAAUCUUAGAAUCUACGUCUGAGGAGGUGAGGAAUGUGGCUUUUGUGUCGGACGGGGAUGCGGACCUGCAGCCCCUGUGGGAGGGGCCGACGAAUAUUGGCGUCGUUGCUGGGAUCAACGGCAGCGCCGCGGAAAGCUUUCGGACGUACGGAAUAGACGUCAUCGAUGCAGGCCUGGGUUGGCAAGGGCAUACUGGUGUUGGGAGUGGGAAUGGACCUUUCGUGUACGGAUUUGAGGAUUGGCAAGACGUCGCGAAACUUCUUUGGGGCUAA